GAUUCUGCCCUUCCCGCCCGCCCCGCGCCGCCGCCCGCCCGCCCAACCUGCGCUCUACGCAACUAGCCUGCUAUAACCCGACCGAAUUAAAUACCAACCAAACUACAGCGCAGACUCGCUCCAUGACACUUCUUUACUGUUAGCCGCCUUAUAAAUCUUUCAGUGUGAUAAAAUUGACAAAUGAUAUUGGCUUUGGUUUCUGAUUUCCCUUCGUUUUACCUAAAAUGGAGGAGUGUGUUUGGAUAUAGGACACACUUGUUGAUUUAGGCCCCAAGCUGAGCCCCACUGUCGCGAUGGCCGUGAACAAAUUGCUGUUUUUCAGAAAGCACACAGUGCACCCGGCCGCGGCGCCGGCGUCGGCACCGAAGCCCUACGGCUCGUGGUGCAGCCCCGACAUCACUCCACCGCCGAGGACCGCAAUAAAACGAAAUGAUGAGCAAGCGGAGAAGAAUGAAGAAACGCAAGUGUGCGAGUCCGGUCCACGACCUCUUCAAGCGGAAAUUAAGUUCGAAAAGACGCGAAUCGUCGUGCCCAAGCCGGGGGUGCAGUUCCGUCCCACCGAGGCCGACAUCGAGGAGGCCCCCAUCGAGAUGACCCCGCUUGCGGAGCUGCUGAAGAUCAAGAAGAAACUCUUCAAUGACCCCCCUGAAGAUGACAAGCCGAAGAUCGUGGUAGACUCCCCGCAGAGCCCCGUGCCCACGUCCCCGUCACGCGCCAAGAAGCGCCUCGGGUUCACCCUGCCCUCUAUAUGUGACCCCUACAUCACCAUCGACCCUCAAGGUCGCGGCUACAUAUCCUGGCUGAUGCUGGUCACAUUCUGCUACAGCUACAACGCUUGGUGCAUCGCUUUAAGGGCAACAUUCCCAUACCAGACGCCUGAGAAUACGCCCCUAUGGAUGAUGGCGGACUACACCUGUGACCUGGUGUAUUUACUGGACGUGGCGCUGGUGAAGCCAAGGCUCAUGUUUCUGUACGAGGGGUUCUGGGUGGACGACCCUGCGGAGACCAGGAAGAACUAUCGGAAGAAACUGCAGUACAAGUUCGACAUAAUCUCGCUCCUGCCCCUGGACUUCUUCUACCUGGUAUUCGGCACUGAGAUGGUGAUCCUGCGCCUGCCGCGGGUGCUGAAGCUGCAGACCUUCUGGGAGUUCCACCAGGCCAUGGACCGCGUCCUGUCUUCACCUUAUGUGGUUCGAAUCGGCAAAACUCUCUUCUACAUCUUCUACCUAAUCCACCUCAACGCUUGUGCGUACUACGCUAUGAGCGUUUACGAAGGUCUCGGAUCAAACGGAUGGGUUUACGAUGACCAAGGGAAUGCUUACAUCCGUUGCUUCUACUUCGCAACCAAAACCGCGACAUCUAUUGGCAAGAAUCCGAAGCCGGAGAAUGUUCCAGAAUACCUGUUUAUGACCUUCGCUUGGCUGAUGGGAGUGUUUGUGUUCGCUCUGCUGAUUGGACAGAUUCGGUAUAUCAUUGCCACUGCUACUAGGGCAAGGACGGAGUACCGCAAGCGCGUGGACGGCUGCACGCGGUACCUGCGCGAGCUCAACAUGCCCACCGCGCUGCAGCGCCGCGUCACCGCCUGGUACGACUACACCUGGCACCAGCAGAGAUGCUUUGAUGAAUCCAAAAUCUUGAACUCACUUCCAUACAACAUGAAACGGGAUGUGGCUUUGGAAGUGCAUAUGAAAACUCUCAGUAAGGUGCAACUAUUCACGGACUGCUCCGACUCUCUCAUCCGCGACCUGGUGCUGGAGCUGCGGCCCGUGUCCUUCCUGCCGGGCGACGUGGUCGUGCGGCGCGGGGACGUGGGACACCACAUGUACAUCAUCAAGUCUGGGGAGUGUUGCGUGAUGUCACAUGAUGAGAAGGAGGUCCUGGCCACGCUGCGAGAGAGCGCCGUGUUCGGGGAGAUCAGCCUGCUCGGCAUCGACGGCCUGCGCCGGCGCACUGCUACUGUUGUAUCCCGCGGCUUCUCGUCCCUGUACGCUCUAUCCCGCUACGACCUGGAGUCGGCGCUGCAGCAGCACGAGGCGGCCGCCAGGAUCCUGCGGCGCCGCGCCGACCAGCUCAUCCGGGAGAACGCGGCCAGGCAGACCAGGGAGCGGCUCCAGGAGAGGCAGGCUAGGAAGUCAGCGAGCACGGCCUCAGAGUCGGGUCUGCGUCAGCGGCGGCGGCUGUCCAGCGCGUCCAGUGCCGACAGCGCGCCCGAGCGACGCGAUCCCGCACGUAGGAGGCUGUCUGUGCUGUCUGAGAAUAUGCCAGUGUCACCAAAGCACGAGUACGGCUUGCACUUGUCCUGCACGGGCCUCCCCACCCCACUACCCACCAUCGUAUUCUCCAGUGACGACGCUACCAACGACAACGGCAUCUGAAUUCAUGUUAGUAAUCUAAGGAUCAAAAUAUAUCUACGAUUUCUUCCCUAUCAUGAAUUUACUGAAAAAAUUCAACUGCUUAGAUUAACAUAAUUUUUAGAUCAAAUCUGAAUGUGAAUUUUGUGUCUAAUGCAGUAUUUUGGAAGGUUUGAAGGGAAGUUAUAUAAAUAAGGUGCUGGAAAAAAGUACUCACAGAAAAAGAGCGGUUAUUUUUGUAUGAGAUGAGGAAGGUAGUAUUGGCGAAAUAAGAAUGUUACCAUGUUGUACUUGUCUACAUAUAUUAUCUAUCUUAUAAUAAAUUCUAUUUAUAUUAAG